UUGUUUACACAGGAGAGCGUGUAGUCCAUUUAUUGAUUCUUCCAUAUAUAAAAGGCCGUGCUGCUCCUAGAAAGAGUGUAGGGGGUCUUGGAAGCACCAGAAAAAAGAUUUUUUUGGCAAACUUGCAUAGGGGACGAAAGUUACAACUGAGUCACAAGUGAAAAUAGACGGAAAAAUUUUUAUGGCAUUGGUAGACACCGGAAGAGAUGUGACUAUAAUUUCAUGGCUACAUUGUCCUAAACUUUGGCCUACCAUGAAGGUCCCUACAGUUUUCUCUGGUGUUGGAACAAUGACAGAUGUUCACCAGAGUGUUAACAUUCUUCAGAUUUCUGGUGCAGAAGGACAAACAGGCACUUUAAAGCCAUAUGUUGCUGAUAUAGCAGUGAAUCUAUGGGGAAGAGAUUUAUUAAUGCAGUGGGGAACAUACAUGAGGUUCCACAUAUAUCUUCUCAGGCAAAGAAUAUGAUAGCUCGUAUGCAUUAUAAUCCUUGUGAAGCCAAUAGUUAUGUACAAGCUCCAGUCAUUUCCUAAAGGACAUGUGGUUUAGGGUAUCCAAAUUUAUGGUAGAGGCCACUGUAGAAAAAGGCUUCGCUUUGCCUUUAAAAUGGUUUACUAAUAAGCCAAUUUGGGUUGAGCAGUGGCCUCUUCUAAAAGAAAAAUUAGCAGCUCUAAGAUCGUUAGUACAAGAACAACUGUCAGAAGGACAUAUUGAAGAAUCUACGAGCCCCUGGAAUUCCCCUGUAUUUGUGAUUACAAAGAAAUCAGGUAAAUGGAGAAUGCUCACAGAUCUUAGAAAAAUUAAUGAAGUUAUUCAGCCCGUGGGUCCAUUACAGCCUGGAUUACCCUCUUCUGUUAUGAUACCUAAGAAUUGGAAGUUAAUUGUUAUAGAUGGUAAGCACUGUUGUUUUACCAUUCCAUUACGACCCGAAGACAGAGAAAAAUGGAUCCUGCCUUUCGUCAGUAGACUGACUACAAAAAAAAAAAACAGAAAACCUAAAAAUUUUCUUCUGCUUUGGUUUGCGGUAUGUCAUCUAGGUUGUCCCUAGACGGUAGGAUGUACUAUCCUGCCAUAAGGAUAUUGAAACUGAAAAUUUGUCCUUAGUAUGACAGAACAGCCUCUACACUGUAGAGUGUGACAAGUAAUGAAAAGUAUGAUCAAGGAAAUUUGAGGAAUGAAUGGCCCAUGAGUCCACUUCAGUUUAGAUUCAUUCCAAUUUUCUAUGGUCUCUUUACUUAAUAUCCCACUGCUGCCCUGCUUUCCAGCACUUGUGUUGAGAAAACGUAGGUAGGAAGAAGAAAGAAUGUCCCUCUUCGGGCAUCUUCAUUUAGGCCAGUGCUCGUCAAGGCCGAAUGUGGAGCUGAUGUCUCCUUGGUGCUAAGACAGCACCCACCAUUGCGAGGCAGGGAGAUGGGAGCGCCCAGCCACAUCCCAGUACAGAAACUUGUCUGUCCAGUUGCUUUGCUCCCUAUACGCAGUAGAUACUUAAUCCCCUAAACGUUCCGUCUCGGUGAUUAAGGGAUCUGGCCACGUGGUUACUGUCCACCAGAGAGGAGCUGCUAACACCCACAGUGUCGUUAUCGGCAAGUCCCCAAGGGGGCGGUGAAGCGCUACUGAGGCGCUUCGGCCCGUAAGCUUUCGAAAGAUCGCCUCAAAUAUCCACACUCUGUCGCCAGCCCAGAGAUGCUGGAAAUAAUCUCUACACCUUCGAGAACCACUACGGCCUGUGCUUCGGCUUUCGGUGACGCCGCUUCCCUGUCUCCAACUUCUGGGCCGCCUCAGGGCUGCGUCGUGGGGCGGUCUGCAGCUCUAUGGGUCGGCGCGGGCUAAACCGACAACUAAAUUCUCCGGCUUGACAGAAGGAAACCAACAGGCCCUUUAAACUUCUCACUCCGUCGCCCUGAGGGCUCCUUUUGGAGGUACGAUUGAGAACGGGUACCAACCCGCUGAACCAAACAGCGCCAGGUAUCGCCCUCGUCCAACUCCGGAGCCGGGCAGUAUCCCGGCGUCCCCUGGGCGGGCGCUGCGGAUGGGCCGCUCCGGCCGGCGUCUCUAUGGUGCUGGCCGACGGGCGGGGCCGCUCGCCCGCAGCUCUGAGAACCGCGGGGUACUGUUUGUGAAAACAAGCAAGAAGAGAUUGUUCCCAAUGGCUCCCAGUAUAUACUAAUACAUUGCUUAUGAUGGCAUCUGAGGCUGAGAAGACUCCUGCGCUACUCCAGUCUUGUGGCACUGAAUCUGUUAUUUCCAGCUUUGGUCUGGGGAUGUUUUGCCUAGUAGCCGACAGACUUCUUCAGUUUUCCAUAAUUCAGCAAAAUGACUGGCUCCGUGCCCUUUCAGAUAAUGCAGUACAUGGUGUAAUUGGGAUGUGGUCAUGGGCAAUAGUCACUGGCAUCAAGAAGAAGACUGACUUUGGAGAAGUAAUUUUAGCUGGAUUUUUGGCCUCUGUUAUCGAUGUGGACCACUUUUUUCUAGCUGGAUCCUUGUCUUUAAAGGCUGCUUUGACACUUCCACGAAGACCUAUCCUUCACUGUUCUACUGUGAUACCUAUUGCGGCUCUGACCCUGAAGUGUAUUAUGCAUCUUUUCAAGCUCAAAGACUCAUGGUACUUUCUUCCCUGGAUGUUAUUUAUAUCUUGGACCUCACACCACAUUCGAGAUGGAAUUCGUCAUGGCUUAUGGAUAUGCCCAUUUGGAAAAACUUCUCCUGUGCCAUUCUGGCUUUAUGUAAUAACCACGUCAUCUUUACCUCACGUCUGUUCAUUCAUUAUGUGUCUAACAGGGACCAGACAAAAGAUGUCUUCAAAUCAUGGAAUUCGUAUGGAUGUCUGAAGUAACUAUAUGACUCUUGGAGAAGCACAUGGUUCAAAUGCUGAUAAUAAAGGGUAGAAGUAUUAAAACAAAUUUAUAAAUCAAAGUUACGUAUUUAUAUAUAUACUUUUUUCCCCUUGGUAUUGGAAAUCGAACU